UUACUAAUCAAGCAUAUAAAAUGAACUAUCAAAACGUAACACAACGAGGAAGAUAUGAUUACCUUUUUCUUUCAUGAUUGAGAGAAGAAGUAAGUGACUGAGUCGAUUUCUUGAUGAGCAUAAACUCUUCAAAGUUUUGAGUCAAUAGGAAAAGGGUGUGCAAUGAAGGUUGGAGCAUCUAAAUUGAAUUGUAGCUUUGAGGAAAGCAUAUUGGGGACCUCAUUAUUGUUUAAACCCCAAUGUAGUGGUUAUGGCUUCCUCUUUUUUUCCUUUGAAGUACGGCCCCACAGUUCUGAAUUUAGUCAGAUGCUAUCUUACUAAUUACUUGCGGCAUCACGAGCUAAAUCCCUGUAGCGAUGUCAAACCAUGAUGGCUUUUAAUUUUUCUCUCUUGCUCUCUACAACAUUUUUUUUUGGUCGGCUCUCUAAACAUUUGAAUAACUCCUUCAAGUGAUGGAAAAUAUAUGUGAGCUCGAGUAAGAAUUCAAGAUGCAUAUGUGUAUGUGUGAGCUAAUUACUUGCGGCAUCACGAGCUAAAUCCAUGUGGCGAUGUCAAACCUAUGUUGGCUUUUAAUUUUUCCCUCUUGCUCUCUAAAACAUUUGAAUAACUCCAUUGCGUGAAGGGAAGAUAUUUGUGAGCUGAAGUACAAGUUCAAGAUGCAUAUGUCUAUGUAAUCCUCGGGCACUUUCAUUACAAUGGAUAUGGGUGUGGGAUAAUGAAGGAUGUGGCUGAGCUGAGGAAAAGAAUUGCUACCUUUUGCUUCUAAGGAGCAGGUUGGAGCUGUGUUGGUCUUGGUGGAAGCAAGUGCGGACUUGUGGUGGUGAAUAUUGGUAAGGGGAGUUUUGAGAAUGACUUCAAUGAGCAGGAGCCCUAGCAGGAGCAGGUCCAGGAGCCCGAUUGAUCGAAAAAUGCGUUCUGAGCGCUUUUCAUAUCGUGAUGCGCCUUACAGGAGAGACGCUCGUCGUGGUUUCAGCCGAGAUCUGUGCAAGAACUGUAAACGUCCUGGGCAUUUUGCUAGAGACUGUCCCAAUGUGGCAAUUUGUCACAAUUGUGGUCUUCCAGGGCACAUUGCUUCAGAAUGCACCACCAAAUCAUUAUGUUGGAACUGCCGUGAACCUGGGCACACGGCGAGCAACUGUCCAAAUGAAAGCAUCUGCCAUACAUGUGGUAAGGCCGGACAUAUUGCCAGAGAAUGCACCGCUCCUCCUGGUGACUUGAGGCUGUGUAACAACUGCUACAAGCAAGGGCACAUUGCAGCUGACUGUACAAAUGAGAAGGCAUGCAACAACUGUAGGAAAACUGGCCACCUGGCACGUGAUUGCCCUAAUGAGCCGGUCUGCAACACGUGCAACAUAUCUGGGCAUGUGGCUAGGCAGUGUCCUAAAGGCAAUGUUAUGGGAGAGCGAGGUGGUGGUGUUGGUGGUGGUGGGCGCAGCAGCGGUGGUGGUUUCAGGGAUGUCGUGUGUAGAAACUGCCAGCAGGUGGGUCAUAUGAGCAGUGAGUGUGUGGGAGCUUUUACAAUGUGCCGCAACUGUGGAGGACGAGGGCACAUGGCAUACGAGUGUCCUUCAGGGAGGUUCAUGGACCGUUUCCCUAGAAGGUACUGAUAUCAGAUGGCAAGCUGUGUCAGUGUUUGGCCCUUGAUAGAUUUGAGAUGUUGGUUCAGCAGUUUUAUGUGGCAGCCAUUGUUUUAUGAGAAUCUGGAGCUUUUACUUUUCGUGAAGUAUCGUGACCUUCUAUUAUGGACUGGAGAUUUUUGCUACCUCGUUCGUGUUGGCACUAACGGUUAUGUAUUGAAUCUUCAUCCGGAAUCUUUUAUGAACUUAGAAAUUUGUAUGGCAGUUAAAUAAUCUGCAGG